UGGCACCGGGUUCGAUGAUUAGGACCUUGGAGUAACCCGCGUGUCCAUAGAUUUGUUAGUCGUAUUUGACGUUUAAGACUUAAUUAGUCAUCUCUUUGUAUCCAGAAUUUUACCUCAGGACAGCGGGCGUGCAGGGGGCCGCCCGCGCCGGGACGUGCUGAGCGGCUCGGCUGAGCAGCGCUCUUGAUUGGCCCGCUCCGGCGCCCAUGGGGCGCACGCCAGGCGACAUGAGCGCCCCUACCGGCGUGGCGGACAAGCUGUGGUUCAAGUACAUGCUGUCGUGCGGCGCUGCGACCUGCGCCGAGCUAGUUACGUAUCCCUUGGAUCUAACCAAGACACGUCUUCAAAUCCAGGGCGAGGCUGCAGAAAAGAAGCCGGCGCCGUCCGGCCGACCGCCGCUAUACCGGGGCUUCCUCCGCACGGCCGGCGGCGUCGUGCGCGAGGAGGGCGUACUGAGGCUGUGGCAGGGCGUCACGCCCGCCAUCUACCGGCACCUCAUCUACAGCGGCGUGAGGAUGAACGGCUACGAGUGGCUACGUGACCGUGUCAGCCGGCCCGGCCAGCCGCUGCCCGUCUGGCAGGCGGCGCUGGCCGGACUCGCCGCCGGCGGACUGGGCCAGCUGCUCGCCUCGCCCGCCGACCUGGUCAAGGUGCAGAUGCAGACGGAGGGCCGCCGACGACUGCUCGGUCUCCAGCCCCGGGUGAAGAACGCGGCGCACGCCUUCCGCCAGAUUGUGCGCCGCGGCGGCGUGCGCGCCCUCUGGAAGGGCUGCGUGCCCAACGUGCAGCGCUCGGCGCUGGUGAACCUGGGCGACCUCACCACCUACGACUCGGUCAAGGCUCGCCUGGUGCGCGGCACGGCGCUGGGUGACGGCCCCGUCACGCACUUUCUGGCCAGCGUGGCCUCGGGCCUGGUGUCGGCCACCCUGGGCACGCCCGCCGAUGUGGUCAAGACGCGCGUCAUGAACCAGCCCACCGACAGCCGCGGCAGGGGCACGCUGUACCGCAACUCUGUCGACUGUUUCGUGCGGCUGGUGCGGGAGGAGGGCCUGCUGGCCAUGUACAAGGGCUUCGUACCCUGCUGGAUGCGCAUGGCGCCGUGGAGUCUCACCUUCUGGUUCACGUACGAGAACCUGCGCCGCGUGUGCGGCACGGGCACGUUCUAGCGGCGGCCAACGCGCGAGGCGCCCAGAUGGUCCCGUAACGCGUACACGCAGCUGUUGAGUCUUUUCAGCAUAAAUGCACGUGCGUUGCUCAUACAGUAUACGUCGCCACAUUAGUGCAGGUGCAGUGAUGUGGAGGCGCCAGCGGUGCAGUGAUGUGGAAGCGCCAGCGAUGCAGUGAUGUGGAAGCGCCAGUGGUGCAGUGAUGUGGAAGCGUCAGCGAUGCGGUAACCGGAGUGGUGCCGGGUGUCCUGGCACCGUAUGUGGCGCCAAGCGGUGUGGAAGCACUGGUGAUCAGUUGGGAUACACGAGGCGCGCAGGAGCCAGAGCAGACGCGCUGGCGUUGGGACGAGCACUACACUGGAGAGCACUGUGCACUGUCUUUUCUCAGGGCAGACUGAACCAAGUGCCAUGCUACAUCAAGACGUUUGUGCAAUGCAUAGACACCCACCGUGCCGUAACAAUGCAACUACAAACUACACCCCUGCAGUCGCUCCUCCUCAGGCGUAACAGAGGCAUCAUUUUAGGGGCGCUAUUGCGUUCUUGGCUCGGGGACCAGCGCAGUUCAAACGCGAUGGUGAUGUCCGUCCUCCGCGCCGGGCGCGCUCGCGCCAACACGGGCUCGGCAGGAGGCGUGACGAGGAAGAGCCGCCGGCGCCACGCCUUGGUCGCGCAGCCAGCAGGGGUCUGUGGCGACUCCGGGGGCUCGCGGGGCCCGACGUGCCUCGCGGCUGGCGGACUCGGUCCUGGUCGCGCGGGUUGUUGCUUGGGUCGCGGGUGGCAUGGGCCCGUCGCGCCCAGCAGUUUAUGCCGAGCAGUGGCGCGUCGUCGUUUGCUCUGUUGUCGGUCGGGUUCUCGAGGCGGUGGGUAGAUAAUGCGAUGUGGUAGGUGUGGCUGGACCACUUGGUCGACUUGGCAAAUGUACUACAAUGUAGUAGAAUGGGUAGUAGAAUUGGUAGCCAAUUGGGCUGCGCUCGUUCAGGUGUUAUCUGCCUCAGUGCCAUGUCUCGUCGGGCUCCGCCAGUG